UUUUUUUUUUUUUUUUUUCAGGACAAAUUGUAUCAAAUUAGUCCAGCAUGAUUUUUCUUCAUCCAAUAAACUUUGAAUAACCUUUCAAAAUUGAUUGUGUCCUCAAGUUUUUUUUUCCUUCUAUUCUAUUCUAUUUCUUUUAUAUAUUUAUAUUUAUAUAAAUAUACACAUAUAAGAAUUUUUUUUUUGGUAGCUUCAGUCAAUGUCGCAUUUUCAAGAAAAAGAAAAUGAACAGUGGAAUCAACCACAAAUAGCGACAGGCACAAGUCAAUUUAACUUUUCCAACUUGGAUCCUUCGGCUAAUGUCAAUGAUCAACAAAUGACAGAGAACCCUACUAUUGAUCUUCAACCUAUUGAAAUAGAGCAAACUUCAAGUGCCCCUUUAACAGGUGUAUACUCUAGUUCCGGUUUUGAUAUGAUUGGUGUGUUAUCGAGACUUGUCAAUAGACCCAAUCCACAAAUUAAUUUAGGACCAAUUGAUAUGUCUUGUUCAUUCUUAGUAACAGAUGCUCGACAAUAUGAUUGUCCUAUUGUAUAUUGUUCUCCUACCUUUGAACAUUUGACAGGUUAUGUGGCUACUGAAAUUAUGGGUCGUAACUGUCGUUUCUUACAAGCCCCUGAUGGUCAAGUGACUUGUGGUUCUCGUCGUACUUACACAGAUAAUCAAGCUGUUUAUCAUUUAAAAGCACAAAUGUUACAAAAUAAAGAACAUCAAGCAAGUAUUAUCAACUAUAGAAAAGGAGGACAACCUUUUGUUAACUUAGUUACUGUUAUUCCUAUAAGUUGUGAUGAUAAUAAGGGUUCAUUUUUUGUUGGUUUGCAAGUUGAUUUAGUAGAACAGCCUAAUGCUAUUCUCGAAAAGAUGAAAAACGGCACAUACAUGGUCAAUUAUCAACAAAUGAAUGUUCCACCUUAUAUUCCUGGUGGUCAUUUCAGUUCGGAACCUGUAGAUGAUUAUUUUCGGGAAUUGCCUUCUACGGCACCUUCAUCUACCACUUUAGCUUCACCCGAUAUCUUGGAACUUGUCAAUUGCUCAGGUGAAAAUGAACAACAGUUACAGCAAGAAUGGAAUAAACUUCUUUUGGAUCAAACUGAAGAUUUUAUUCAUGUUCUUUCAUUAAAGGGAUUCUUUUUGUAUUGUUCUCGAUCUUCAUCUCAUAUCUUGGAGCAUGAUCCUGAAGAGUUAGUAGGACAUCCUUUAUCUUCUAUCUGUCACCCCUCUGAUAUUGUACCCGUGAUGCGAGAAAUCAAGGAGUCUGCAGGAAACCCUGAUAGAGUGGUCAGUUUUAUCUAUCGUGUUCGUCGUAAAUAUUCUGGUUACAUGUGGAUGGAAUGUCAGGGCAAGAUUCAUAUCGACCUGAGUAAAGGUCGAAAGUGUCUUAUCUUGGCGGGUAGAGAGAGACCGAUGUAUGAGUUAAUUCGUAAGGAAAUCGUUCAUUCUUCAAUCAACAACAACAACAAUGAUAUAGCCAACAUAGGUUCUGAAUUUUGGGCAAAGUCAACCUUGACUGGACUUUUGUUACAUGUGACUCCUACAAGUGAGGAAGUCAUUGGAUUUGAUUCAGAUACUCUUCAAGGUGCUACACUCUAUCAAUAUGUAGGUGAUGAUCAUGUAAGAGAUAUCACUCGAGCUUUAGAGCUUGUAAAAGAAGGUCGAAUUGUCAAUUUACACCACACAAUGCAGAAUCAUAAGGGUGAUUAUGUUUCUAUCUUUUCUACUUUUUAUCCUGGUGAUAUCUCAUUUGGUGUCGGUCGUCCUUCCUUUGUCCUUAUUCAAAUGAGAGCUAAAGAAAGUAACACAAACAAUACACCUGCUUUAGAAUCAAUCAUGAAAGAAGUGCCUACGAUUGAUAUAAACAACAACAACAAUAAUAAUGAAAAUAUAUUUGCUGAAUUGGAGACUGUCAGAGGUACUUCAUGGCAAUAUGAACUUCACCAACUUCAAUUAACAAAUCGUAAAUUAAAAGAGCAACUUGAAAGUUAUACAAAUCCUAAACGUAAAAAGCAAAAGAAAAAGAAGGCCUCCUCUGAAAGUCCUGAUAUUCCUAAAAUGUGUGCUCAAUGUCAAAGUACGGAUUCUCCUGAAUGGCGAAAGGGUCCUAAUGGCCCUAAGGAAUUAUGUAAUGCUUGUGGUCUUCGUUAUGCAAAAUCAUUAGCUGCAAAGAAAAAUAAUCAUGGUAAAAACAACAACAAAUCUUGAAUUGCUUAUAUAAUUUAGAGAAAAAAAAAAAAGUAAAAAAAAAAAAAAAAAAAAA